UAAGUAUUGCCAUUAGGUUAUUUGAGUAAUUUUCCAUGUCAGACUUCUCGGGAAAAAAAGCACUUCCUGAUUUUUCAACGAAAAUUUCGGAAAUCAUUACGUUUAAUAACCACGAUGUUUUCUAUAUAAGACGGUUUGUUUGGCUACGAAAUCAUCACUUCACUGAAGAUAUCAAAAUGAACAAGUCAGCACUUCUUCUUUUACUUCUCGUCGGACUCGUCGUCCUUAUUGAAACCACUGAUGCUAAUACUCUACCAGGCAUUUUUGAUAGAAAAUUUUGGACCAGAAAACAUUGGAGCCAAGUCGGAAAGGGUCUUAAGAGAUGGAAUCAGAAACAAAACGUUGAAAACAUGGACCUUGAUGACGAGAUUCAAUAUUAUGAAGAAUAAACGCCUAAUCAUGUUAAGGCUAUAAGAUCGUACGAUUUAAAUAAAUUGUAUAUCAGCAAAAUA